GUGAAGACGCUUGAUGAGAGCCAGAACACAGACGCUCUGAAGCAGCAUCACACUCUUCUGCUGGAGACUGGACUUUAGAGAAAUGAUGCUGAUCUUUGGACUGAUGCUGCUGCUGCAAACUGCUGCAUGUCUGGAGUGGAACUGCAGUUUUAAUCAACCUGAUCCCUGUUAUGCAGCUCUGGGACACAAACUCAAUCUGCUGAUGAUGCUGGACGCUAGAGAAUAUGACCUGACGUUAAAAAAGAGAAUAAACAACAACACACAAGAUGGUCCAGUUUGUAGAGUAAAAUAUGGCAGGAUGAUGUAUUGUGAUCUUUAUAAUAACAGACCUGAAGUCAAAGUCAUUAAUGGGUUUCUGAUCAUAAAUCGUGUGAUCAGAGCAGAUUCAGGGAAUUACAGAUUAACACUCGAACGCUCAGACGGCACAGAAACAUCUAGAGAUCUUCAAGUGAUUGUUGAAGCUCCUAUUGGCUCAGUGGAAGUGUCAAUCAUCUGCUCCUCCAAUCAGAGGUCAGUGUUCUGCUCCUCUGAGGGGGAUCAGCUCCUCUACAGCUGGACUCUGAAUGGAGAUCCACUGAUGGAUGGAAACAGCAGCAUUGAUCUGGAUGAGGGAACUGAUGGAGACAUCAGCUGCAGCGUGAAGAACCACGUCAGUCACGCACAGAAGACCAUUAGAGUCCAACCCUGUCCUGGACCAACUACUGCAGCUGUGACCUCUAGUUUGACCUCUACGUCGACACAGUCAUCAGAAAAUGUUUUAAAAUUCUCUCUGAUUGCUUUGGGCUGCGUUGCUCUGGUCCUCAUUCUGCUGUUCUUCACCGUGUGUUAUAUUUACAAGAAGAAGCAGCUCAAGUCGACACCAGACAGUUUCAAACACAAUUACACCAAAAGCCAAAGUAGAAACAUUAUAGAUGUGAUGAAGAUGAUCUGA